CUCAUAUCGCCACACCAUUCACUCAAGUCCCGUUUCACACUAACAUCUACCAUGGACAGCGAUCUACUUUCGCGACUCGACCACGCUGAGGGCGGUCUGCUGUCGUCGGUUCUUGCAGGAGAAUGCUCUUUAGCUUCGUGGGAGGCGCAAUGGUCGGCCUUAGUGGCAGAUUUGACUGAAGCCUCGAGUUCAGGAGCUAGUACGGUCACUGUAGCCAUCGGUGAUGCUGUUGUUUCUAAGGUCGCUACCAUCGCAAGGUGUUUCUUGGAUGUUGAGCGUAAAGAUGAGGUCCUUUCGUCGAAGUUGCAGGCCGAUAUCGACGAGAUAUUAUCCUCUACGCAAUGUCUUCACUUGUCAUCUUCCACUCUCACCCUCGCCACGUCCACCAGCAAAGCGGAUUCCGCACUACCGAAAAAUUCCUAUGUCGACACGAACACUGCAUCCCCUGCAUUUAUUGGUCCUGCGUACCGCUGGCUACUUCAGCAUAUCCAUAAUCCCUACCCACCUCACGAUGUAAAACAAUCCCUCGCUCUGGCUUCCGGCUGUUCCCUGAAUUCGGUUAACUCUUGGUUCACCAACGCUAGGAAACGGAUGGGGUGGACAUCAAUUUGUCGAGAACGUUUUCACGGUUGUCGCGCGGAUGCGGUUGACGCAGCAUUCCGGGUUAUGGUCCAAGAUGACCCUGACCGUCCAGUUGGAGACGAGCUCACCAGAGCUUUCAUGGAAAUGAAGGUCGCAGCAGAGGAACUCUAUCCCUCUACGCUCACCAAGAGUAAACACGAAGACUUUGGAAUCGUUCGCGAAUCGCCCUCUGACAAGACGUACGAAGGAUCCCGAAUGAACAGGCACAUGCAUAGUAGCGCUGAGAGUGUAAACGAAGGCGGCUUAUACGUUGACGUUCGCUCACUGACAUCGUCUCCAAUGCCAUCCUUAACUGAGGGCGAUAGCAGCGAGGAUGAAGAAGAAGUAGGACCACCUCCCGUGGCUGGCAAGAAGCGACGUGUGAUGUGUGAAAACCAAAUGGACAUGUCCUUACGAGGCGAUAGACCUAGGAAACGUUUACGUUCCAGGGAACACCCCGUCAUUUCACCGCCAAUGCCUCUUCAUGUUACUUCUAAGGACCCCAAUGACGCUUCUUACUCGUUGCGUGAUGUGAAAGCGCCGAAACGACAGGAUAUGAACUACUGCGCGGAUACCACUCGCAAGCGAUGGCUAUCUGAAGUUGAUGUUCAGGGUCUUCCUAAGGACUUCCUUGGGCCGAGCACUGGACCCCGAAUCCACGCUGUUUCCGACCCAUUACCAAGGGCAACGUCGGAGACGUCCGAUAUCGAUGAAUGGUUUAACGCCCACUUUACGAACCUGUUUGAAUUCCCUCCUCCCGUCUCUACUGAACUAGACCGGUCCCUUCCUUGGGAAGUGGAACUGUACCAAAAUUAUUACAUUCCUACGCAAGGCGACAAUAGCCUGCAAAUACCUGAUAACUCGUCGUCAUCGGCUAUAGGGAUGUCUGAUACGUUAUCCGACUUUCAGGUUGGUGGUGUCACACAUGAAAGUGAUCUACCGUCACUGGUCGACAGCCAUCUGUUGGACCUGUCCAACCAUGAGGACAUGCCUCUACCUUCCAAUUCUCCGAGCAUUUCCUGUUCCCCAGACUCGUCGAUCCCAACCUUGUCACCUGUCAUUGACUGGGCCCACCUGUUCAGUUCGAACGUUGAUACCACCCUACCCGACCCUCAGCUAGGCGACUCUGCGAUAGCUCACCUUGUGUCUAACACUCCCUUCCCGGAUGACGAUAUUUUUGGUUCGACUUCGAUGUUGUUGGCCAACGAACAAUUCCUAUUCGAAAGGAGCACUUACCUCCCUCGAACCAGCAAAGUUGGGGCAACGGCAUGACACGUUUUCAUAUAAGUGGAAGUGUUUGUAAGUGAAAUCCGGAGCGUUCUGGAAGGUAUUUUAACCCUCUCCUCUAGGCUGGCGCCGGUUUACUCGUUCGAUAUCAUUAUUGCUAUGUAUUAUUUGCGCGGCUCUUACUCCUAGUGUCAAGUGUUUUUACAUUGCUACAUUGUAUAAUAAUACCCCUGAACCGAAUGCUUGUAAUCCGAAACAAUGCGACGCUAAAUAUCUUAUUGUCAGCGAAUAUCCUCGGGAUCACACACUAGAAAUACUGUUGUGUGCUUGUUCUCUCACACAGUGAAGC